AUGCCGCUCUAUGUUGGAUCUUCGCGCUCCAGGAAAUCAAAGAAAGAUGGGACCAACAAAACGUCCACGCCCUCAGUCGUCUCGACGAACUCGCAUGCUGCCCCGAAAAGCUCCAAGCCCUCCGGGGAAAAAUCCAAAACCGACGGCCGGGCGCUUCCCACGGCAUCAAAGAGCAGUGGAUCAAGCAAUGUACAUGCUCCGCGGACACAGUCUGCGCAGGUGAAGGCUGGACCGGACCGGAAAGCGCCAAAUGUGUUCGAGUAUCUAGAGGACAACUCCACCAGCUCGGAUGAUGACGACUCCUCCUUCGAUGAGUACGAAUCCCUCCAGGUCCCCAAAACAUCCCAUCCAAAGACGACAUACACAGGCUCCGGCCGCCAGACAUAUCCGACAACGACCCCGGGGACUGACUCUCGCAGCCGUGCCUCAUCCAUGAUGUCCAAAUCCUCAGCGAACUCGCAACCUGUGCCCAGCUCAAUCGACACUCCUCCGAGCACCGCAGCGUCGCACAUCUCGAGGGGUAAUAUCCCCAACCGCAAACUCUCCAUGGAUGGAACUUACAGUGCGGUAGGAGCUUUCCCAGAGAAUUCGACCAUGGAUCUGAGCGCAAGGCCAGAAGCGUACUAUCCCCGGAGUUCCGCCUCAUUCAAUCGACCACCGCUGCCCCCAUCGCCCCCGCGAAGCCCAGAAGAAGACCUCCAUCGCCCCAAUCGGAAGCGUCGCCGGAAUACCAAGACGGCCCCUCGUCACUCUGGAUAUGGUCUUGUCGCGUCUCGGCUGAGCUCGUCCACGGAGAGCCAGGAGGCCCGCAUUCCACCGCUCUAUCGCCGAUUCGAGGACGUCAACCAUCGCGUGCUGCUGCACCUCCAGGAUGAGAUUGCGCAGAUGGAGGAAGAUCUACGGGUGCUCGACGAGCACGAGGAAAUGCAUCGGGCCGCGAUUGCGGAGCAGGAGGGCACGAAGAUGCUUCCUGCCUCCCGGCGCAUGGAUGCGCAAGCACAGGUCUAUUCGUCUCUGCACUACCGGCGGGAAGAGCUGCUGGGAGCUCUGGCCCGCAAGACCGAGCAAUAUAACAACGCCCUCAGCGCAUACAGCAGAGUCCUCCAAUCCCUCCCCUGCGCCUCCACCCAAGACAUCAACACCUAUCGCGCUUGGAUGAAACAAGCCAAUCCCAUUGUCGUCGCUGAAACGCGCUUCUUAGACCACGCCAAAGACCUGGUCUCUCUUACUCCCCGCACCAUUCCCACCUCCACCGCGAAACCCGUCUUCUCCGCCAUCAUCAUCGCCUCUGCGGCCGUGCUCCUCCCCCUGCUUGCAUUCAGCAUGAUCGCCGAGUUCUCCGGCCGUGUUCUGCUGGUUGCCGUCGUGGGCGGUGCCGCCGCUGCCAUUGCAUCCAACCACUCCGCGGGGGCCGACCAGGUCGUUGACUCCCGGGAUGGAUGGAGAUGUGCCACCGUAUACUUCGCAUUCAUGAGCAUCGCAGCCAUGUUCAUCCCGUGAUACGGGUCAUGGAACGAACAACCAAAUACCUCAUCCACUAAUCAAUCUAUCUAAUGACACGACUCCACGAGUUUACUUUGGGCAGCGCAUGUGAUCAUUCUUCCUUCUUUCCCUCUUCCCUUCUGAAAUUCUUCACUCACGGUUUGUUGGGUUUUGGGUCAGGUAACUGGUAGAUUGAACACAGGAUAUUUAGAGAAAAGGCGGGCAGGCAGGCAAGGGCGUAUGCAUAUAGGAAAACGGACAGGACAACCAACCUACUUACUACGUACGGAAUAUGGGACCCAGACCAAACCAGACCAGACCAGACCAGACCAAAGACCUUUCUUGCUGUUUGUAUUUCUUUUGCAGCUUUUUAUUUUUAUUUUUAUUUUUUUUGUUAGCGUCUUUUGUCUCUUCUUAUUCUUACUCUUUUCUUAUUCUUGUGAUGUAAUUUGAGCUUGUGUAAUG